AAAGUCGCGACCAACUUCAGGGUCAGGAACACACAAUGGCUGGGGACUUGUUUAGUCUUGGAUGUAUAUUCUAUUAUUGCGUCACGGGUGGACGGCAUCCAUUUGGAGGAAUUCUGGAAAGGGACAUGAAUAUUUGGAGCAACCAAGUGAACCUGUCCUUUGUGAAGGAGUUGAUCCCUGAAGCUCACGAUCUUAUAUCACAUUUGCUAAACCCAAUUCCUCAAUGGAGGCCAAUGGCAUCUGAGCUGUGUUCCCAUCCAUUUUUCUGGAAAUCUAGUAAGAGGCUGAACUUUUUGUGUGUGUUCUCUGAUACUUUACAAGAAAAUCUCCGAGAGAAUUCCAAUCCAGAUCUUCUAAUGGCAUUGGAAAGCAAUAAAUCUUCGAUAUUUGAAUGGGAUUGGCCCUCCCGUUUGGAGUUUGAGUUUCGUGUUCUCAUAUCCUUCGGAGGCCAACGGAGCUAUAGUCCUUACCAUGCGAGAGACUUGUUGAAGGCCAUACGAGAUAAGUGGGACAAAAGACAGGAACUUCCAGAACCAGCUGAGGGGCUUUUUCGCAGUGAGUGUCCCGUGGGUGCACCUCUUGAUGAGUGUUACGAUACUUACUUCGCUAGAAGAUUUCCAAACCUCUUGAUAGAAGCAUACCAAGUGGCGAGGUACUUUUGCAGAGGAGAUCCAUGGUUUGAGGCAUUUAAAGAAUGUGAGGAUUGACCGUUUUAGGUUUCAAGAUGCAGUUGAAGACAGCCGAAGUGAUUAAAAACGCUUUCUAUUUUGUGCUUGCUUCUCUCGCUUGUUCUUUGAGAGAAGC